AUGGUGGAGGACAGCGGCGAGGAGGAGGCGGAGGGGGAGAACGGGGAGAUGCCGGCGGCCGCCGCCGUGCCCUCCCUGCAGCGCUGCAACGGCUUCCUCCCCGGCAAGGAGGCGGAGGACGGCGGGCGGGCGGCCCCGGCGGGCGGCGGGGAGCGGGCGGCGGAGGCCGAGGCCAUGCUGUCGGCGGCAGGCGGCCGGGUGGAGACGCGCCUGUCGCGGCGGCGGCUGGCGGUGCUGGCCGUCUUCAGCUGCUACUCGCUGGUGAACGCUUUCCAGUGGAUCCAGUACAGCAUCCUCAGCAACGUCUUCGCCGGCUUCUACGGCGUCUCCUUCACGCAGAUAGACUGGCUCUCCAUGGUCUACAUGGUGGCCUACGUGCCGCUGAUCCUGCCCGCCACCUGGCUGCUGGACGCCCGCGGCCUGCGCCUCACCGCCCUGCUGGGCGCCGGCCUCAACGGCCUGGGCGCCUGGCUCAAGUGUGCCAGCCUGGCCCCCGACCGGUACCCGCUCACCCUGACGGCCCAGGCCGUCUGCGCCGUCGCCCAGGUCUUCAUCCUGGGGCUGCCCUCACGCAUCGCCUCCGUCUGGUUCGGCCCCACCGAGGUCUCCACCGCCUGCGCCGUGGCCGUGCUGGGCAACCAGCUUGGCACUGCAAUUGGCUUUUUGUUGCCACCUGUUUUGGUUCCAAACACACCUAACGAUAUCGAUCUAAUGGCACAUAACAUCAGCAUCAUGUUCUACGGAACAGCGAUAGUGUCCACACUUUUGUUCUUCUUAACAGGAGUUGUGUUUGAAGAAAAGCCCAAAUACCCUCCUAGUCACUCUCAAGCAGUCCUGCAAACUAUGCCUCCCGAGGAUUACUCCUACAAGCAGUCGAUUAUUAACUUGUUCAAAAAUAUCCCAUUUGUACUUUUGCUGAUCAGUUAUGGUAUUAUGACUGGGGCAUUUUAUUCUGUCUCCACAUUAUUAAACCAGAUGAUAGUAACUCAUUAUGAGGGAGAAGAAGUGAACGCUGGGAGAAUUGGCUUGACACUGGUGGUGGCAGGAAUGGUGGGUUCGAUUAUUUGUGGUUUGUGGCUGGAUUACACUAAAACAUACAAGCAAACUACUUUGAUUGUUUACAUUCUCUCUUUCAUUGGGUUGGUGGUAUUUACUUUCACCCUGGACCUCGGAUACCUUAUAGUAGUGUUCGUCAUUGGAGGAGUACUUGGGUUCUUCAUGACUGGCUAUCUCCCACUUGGGUUUGAAUUUGCUGUGGAAAUUACAUACCCAGAGUCUGAAGGCACUUCCUCAGGUCUCCUUAAUGCAUCAGCACAGAUAUUUGGAAUUGUCUUUACACUUGUUCAAGGAAAACUCACAACGGACUACAGUCCUCGUGCAGGAAACCUCUUUCUUUGUGCUUGGAUUUUUGUGGGCAUUAUCUUAACAGCCUUAAUAAAAUCAGAUUUGCGAAGACACAAUGUGAAUUCAGGGAUUAUGAAUUUGGAUGUUAAAGCUGUACCAGUUGACAGUCCUGUAGAACCUGAAAGUAGUACAUUAAAAAUUCAGUCAGCUUUAUAAAGCUGAAAGAAGGUGACUUAGAAAUGCACAAGUUUGGUUGGAUACUGAACAAUAUUAAUUAGUGUAAUCACUGGAUUUGUGUGUAUGAGUAGUAAAAUGUGUUUGGUGAUAUUGGUGAUAGUUGUGUGGUGGAAACUAUGAAGAUGGUCAGUUCAUUUUGCCCAAGAUGCAAACAAUUCACCUUUGUAUGGAAUAUUUAUUUUAACAGUUUUCAAUUUUUGCAGUUUCAUUAGUAAAGAACUAUGUGAAUGCUUUCCAUGCUAGGGAGACAUGUACUUUCAGGAUGCAUACUUGAAAAAAUCUGGAAUCCUGAAGUACAGUCAUCAUGAUCAGAAGUAUCUAAUACUCUUUUCUUGUUCAGUCUUUGCUAGUGCAUUUGAAAAGUCAGAGUAGGUAGCUGCGCAGCUGGAGGAUGUUCACAAGUUCCUUUUUUUUAAAUGUAUCUGUAUUUUUAAUAUAAGCCAGCGGUUCCUUCUGGGAAACUGUCUAUAGCACAAUACUGAAAACAAGAGAUGACUGCAAACUUGUGUGUUUCAUACUGGCAUCUGACACUUCUUUUGCCUUGAAACUUCUUGAUAGAUAUCAGAAGGCAGAUAAAAGAAAACACUAUCUUAUAGAUUCAUUGUAACAUUUCCAGGAAGAUUUAUAGAGUUUCCCACUAAAUACAUUGAAGAAAAAACAUUUCUUAUUAAAUACAGUAAAAAGCAGGAGAAAGGCCUUCGAUAUCUCUACUGUGAAGUAUUUAUAGGCAAUGGAACACGAACACACAGGUUGCCUCCGUGGAAUAUUUUGAGUGCUUUCUCAGUUAAAGUGAGAGGACUACGUGUUUACAAAGAGCUGGUGCCUUUACUUUGUAAAGAAGAUCCUUGCCUCAUCUUGAGUUUAAUCAGUGCUGCUGAAGAAAUUCCAUUUUGUGUGUUAAACCUCCUCUGAAUAUUUGUGGAGUAUCAGAAAAUGUGUUCUGUCCUUUUUUGCAUUUAUUUCUCUGCGUUAUGAAUUGUAUCAUUUGUCUCGUGAAAUUUUUGUGCUCGUAUAACUUAAAUCAUGUCUUUCGCAGUUUUUUAAAAGCUGUAAGGAUGACUGAAAGGAAAAUAGUGAUGUUUCACUUUGAAAUAUUUGCUGUUUGUAUCGUGCAUCUUAGCUACAGAAGGAGCAGACUUCAUUAACAUUCA